CCUUAUUUAUUCCCAAGUUUCUUUUCAACCCAGGCUUCGGUCUGAAGCCCUCAGCCAUUCUGCAGAAGGCGCGACUUCCAAACUCAGGCUGCGGGGUGUGGGCCGAGGGUGAAACUCCGCCCUCGGGGUCCCUGAUCUUUGCUCCCGCCCCGGGCUCCACGCCUCCGGGAGAGGCACUGGAGGGCUCCGCUCCUUUUGUGUGCUUCGCUCCUAGGUGCUUGGGACCCCCGCUCCGGCAGUCCUCCGCGGGCCCUUGCCCUCCGCUCUGCGUCCUUCAGCCUCCUGCCAGUUGGGGCGAUCAGAUCGCUGCUUGGCUCCCCGCCGCUCCAGGAGGAGGGGCCAGGGCCGACAGCCCCCUCCGGUGCGCGGCGCCCGAGCCCAGCGCAGCCCGGACACCCGCGGCUGGGCGUCAUGUGGGCCGGACUGCUCCUCCGAUCCGCCUGCGUUGCGAUCCUGCUGCCCGGUUCUCCGGCCCGGGGCUACACCGGGAGGAAGGCGCCUGGGCACUAUGCGGCGGAGAGACGCCGGCUGGGCCCCCAUGUCUGCCUCUCAGGCUUUGGGAAUGGCUGCUGCCCUGGCUGGGCCCCCUCCAUGGGCAGUGGGCACUGCACCCUGCCCCUCUGCUCCUUUGGUUGUGGGCGUGGCAUCUGCAUUGCUCCCAAUGUCUGCUCCUGCCAGGAUGGAGAACAAGGGGCCACCUGCUCAGAAGCCCAUGGAUCCUGUGGAGAGUAUGGCUGUGACCUCACCUGUAACUAUGGUGGCUGUCAGGAGGUGGCUCGAGUGUGCCCUGUGGGCUUCUUGAUGACCGAGACAGCUGUUGGAAUCCAAUGUGCAGAUAUUGAUGAGUGUUUAAGCUCCUCUUGUGAAGGUCUCUGUGUGAACACAGAAGGUGGCUUUGUGUGCAAGUGCGGGCCAGGCAUGCAGCUGUCUGCUGAUCGCCAUAGCUGCCAAGACACGGAUGAAUGCCUGGGGACGCCUUGCCAGCAGAGAUGUAAGAACAGCAUCGGCAGCUACAAGUGUUCCUGUCGCGCUGGCUUCCACCUGCACGGCAACCGGCACUCCUGUGUAGAUGUCAACGAAUGUCGGCAGCCCCAGGAGGGUCGAGUCUGUCACCAUUCCUGCCAUAACACCGUGGGCAGCUUCCUGUGCACCUGCAGACCUGGCUUCCGGCUUCAGGCAGACCGUGUGUCCUGUGAAGCUUUCCCGAAGGCUGUGCUGGCCCCAUCUGCCAUCUUGCAGCCCCGGCAGCACCCCCUCAAGAUGCCUCUGCUCUUCCCUGAGGCAGGCCGGCCUGCCCUGUCCCCAGGACACAGCCCUCCUCCAGGGGCCCCAGGACCCCUGACUGGAGUCAGGACAACCCGUCUGCCAUCUGCCACCCUGGCCCUACCCACAUCAUUCCCCACGCAGAUGCUGUCCACCCCAGUGCCAAGUUUCUCCUUUCUGGGAACCCUCAGACACCCCUCACUUCUUAAGGGGGAGGCCGUGGGGACCCCUUCCCCGCCCAAGGGCCCUGAAGGCCCGGGGCUGGCAACAGAACCCUCUUCUUGCUGGCACCUGGGAGCCACACAUGAAUCGGGGAGCCGCUGGAGCCAGCCCGGUUGCUCCCAGUGCUUGUGCCAGGAUGGGGAGGUGAUCUGUGGAGAAGUGAGGUGUGACGCCACCUGUUCCCACCCGAUUCCCCCCAGAGAUGGGGGGUGCUGCCCCUCCUGCACUGGCUGCUUUCACAGCGGUGCCAUCCGAGCAGAAGGGGACGUGUUUUCGCCUCCCAAUGAGAACUGCACUGUGUGUGUCUGCCUGGCUGGAAAUGUAUCAUGCAUCUCCCCGGAGUGUCCCCCUGGUCCUUGCAAGACUUCCCCACAGUCAGAUUGCUGUACUUGUGUCCCAGGGAGAUGCUAUUUCCAUGGCCGGUGGUAUGCUGAUGGGGCUGUGUUCAGUGGGGGUGGUGACGACUGCUCUACCUGUGUCUGCCAGAAUGGGGAGGUAGAGUGUUCCUUCACACCAUGUCCAGAACUGAACUGCCCCCGAGAGGAGUGGUGGCUGGGCCCAGGGCAGUGCUGCUUCACCUGCCGGAAGCCCACGCCCACCACAGGCUGCUCUCUCGAUGACAACGGGGUUGAGUUUCCAAUUGGACAGAUCUGGUCACCUGGUGAUCCCUGUGAGUUAUGCAUCUGCCAGGCAGAUGGUUCAGUGAGCUGUAAGAGGACAGAUUGUGUGGACUCCUGCCCUCACCCCAUCCGGAUCCCUGGACAGUGCUGCCCUGACUGUUCAGCAGGCUGCACCUACACAGGCAGAAUCUUCUACAACAACGAGACCUUCCCUUCGGUGCUUGACCCCUGUCUGAGCUGUAUCUGCCUGCUGGGCUCGGUAGCCUGUUCACCCGUGGACUGCCCCAUCACUUGCACCUACCCCUUCCACCCUGACGGCGAGUGCUGCCCUGUGUGUCGCGACUGCAACUAUGAGGGGAGAAAGGUGGUGAAUGGUCAGGUGUUCACCUUGGAUGAUGAGCCCUGUACCCGGUGCACGUGCCAGCUGGGAGAGGUGAGCUGUGAAAAGGUCCCCUGCCAGCCAGCCUGUGCUGACUCCUCCCUGCCACCUGGAGACUGCUGUUCCUCCUGCCCAGAUUCCCUAUCUAUUCCUGAAGAAAGACAGCAGCCCUCCCCACAUGGAGACCUGGUGCUUGGCAAAGCUGUUCGGAGUCCCCGGGGAGACAUGGAGGUCCCUGUGAACUGCAGCUCCUGCCUGGGGCCCCCUCCAGCAUCACAAGCAUCACAAGCAAGGCCCACAUUCCAAUUCCUGCAGCUGCUCUUAAAGAUGAACCUGUCUGAUGUGCAGAUGGCACCCACAGGCCAACCAGGAGUCCAGACCCUGCCCUCACCCCUGCCAGGGCUCAGGGGCACGUUUCUUGGGGACCCUGGAACCUCUCAGCUCCCUGAGCCCUCAGCAAAGUCUUCUAUCCCUCCUGGACCCUCCACUCUACCUCCUGCCUCUCCAGGGGCUCCUUGGCCACCUGUUACUCCAGAGAGAUCCUCCUUAGCCUCUGGGGCCCGGACAGCGUCCCCGAGAACUCUGUCUGCCACUCACUUGACUGAAACAGCAGCACCUUCCACGACAGAUCCUGGCCCCUCAGAAACCCCCUCCACCCUCUUCAAGCCUCAGAGACUCACUACAGCUCUCCUGGAUACCCCCAAAUCUGUCCCCUUGCAGCCCACAACAGACACCUCAAGGAAGGAAGAAUCUACCAUCUGAGUGGGUCAUCGUGCCUGGGGUGCUCCAGACAGAGCUGUCAGCGGCCCAGGGAGCAUGUGUGGUCCCAGGCACAAAUCUGGUGGGGGUGCAGAGAGAAGACUUUGGAAUAAGAUGUCCAUUUAUAAACUAAGGAGAGAGGCUGCAGAAGAAACAUCCCUGAAACCCCCUUGACCCGCAGCCUCCAGAACUGUGAGAACAUGCAUUUCUGUUCAGUGCCUGCCCUUGUCUGUGGUAUUGCUUUCUGUAUACUGACACAGCCAGGGGUGUGUCAGCCCAUGCUUCUUGUUUGUGUAGACUUGUACCUAGUGUGAUCCCGUCCUUACGUUCUUAGCAUUGACUUCAUAGAGCAUCCAUUCCAAAAAUUUUUUCAGAGUAUCUGUUAGCUGUGUCAUUAAAAAAACAAAACACUGACUUCAUGUAAUAUUCA